CCGGCCUCUCUCAGACCAUUGUUGUGAUUGCAGUCCGGAAAACGGCGGAGUGUUGUUGCAGGUCUGGUGCGCGGAGGACGCAGCCGUUCGCCUCUUUUUCUGCACCUUAAAGAGCUGACUGUCUAGAAAAGGCUUCAGAUCCGCGGCUCAGACGCAGAGCAUCUAUGUUGUUCCAGGAGAUCCUUAUUCAGAAGCGGAGAGCUCCCAGAAGCGCUGCGUAAAGGCGCAUUUAGGACGGUACAGUGGAACCAAAGGGACACGUUUUCUCUCCAAUUAAUCUACAAUUUUCACCAGUUUGGAUGAUAUUUUAAGAAAGUUUUUUUUUUUUCAUAUUUUUAAGUAUUCUUGCAAAACAAACGUUCUUUGAAUUCUUUAUGGAUUUGUAAGCUGCGCGACAAGCCGCGGACUUUGCCCCCGGGGAUAACAGCUCCUUCCCCCGGUCACCAGCUCCGGAGCAGCUGCUGUUCAUGGUCCUGGAGCUUUUUCCCCUCGAUUCUACCACUUUGAUUUGAUCUGGAGCCACACAACCUACUCACGGACUCCCUUUAUGGAAGGAUAGUGCAUAUUUUCAAUGAACAUUUCAAUUUUCCCAGGAGCGGAACGGGACACGGAGUGAUUUAUUCCCCCCUCUGGUGCCAGUCCUCUCUGUAGGAACAAACCGGGAGAAGAGGAUCCAGAUUUAAAGACUUUUUUUGUGGCCUCCUGAAGUUCCUGAUGCAGGAGACCAGAGCGUGAGGCCAUUUCCAUGCUUCCUUUUGUUUUUGCAUCUAAACCAUAAACAUCAACGCAUUGCAUCUAGAAGAUGGUGUGGGACUCCAUAUUCUGUGUUCUCUUGAUCUGCCUGGUGGACAGAGUUGCAGUCAGAAGUGUUCCUGGGAUGAGAACCAAAGAUCUUCGUCAGUCCAGGCCUCUGAUUGUACCAGGGUAUCCAGAAAACACCACAGCGGUAGUUGGAGGCCAAGCAAAACUCUUGUGCAAAGUCCACAGGCCACUAUCUACUAAGGUGCAAUGGCUAAAGACAGAUUCAAGCAGCUCAGGACAAACCCAAGGAGGACCAUCUCGCAUCAAGCCCCUGACAUCCCUGAAAAGUAAUGGCCCCAAGGUCAACACUCUCCAUCUGUCCAAUAUCACCAUGGGAGAUGCAGGCGAGUACAUCUGCAUGGCUGAGAGUGUCCAUGGAGGACAGACAGUUCAGGCAAUGCAAUCCGCAUGGCUGGAAGUCCUGCCUGGUAUCAUCAAUUCUAGAAAUGUAGAAAUGACUGCUGCUGACAUCCGAACAGAGGUUUCUCAAGACCAUAGCGACGACACAACAGAGCAUCUUCUUCUGGAGCCAGGAAACAUCCUGAAGCUGCGCUGUGACACGAACAUCCGACCGGGCAUGGCUGUGAAUUGGUACAAGGAAGGAGUCCGGCUUCUACCUACACCCCGCAUCCAGAUGCGUGGUGCAAUCAUGGAGAUCACAGAUGUGACAUACGAGGAUUCAGGACUGUAUGUGUGUGUUCUCUGGGGAAGCAAAAACCCUGUGAGGAACUUCACCAUCACUGUGGCAGAUAUGCUAGGCUCAGGGGACGAUGAUGAGGACAGUGGCUUGGAGGACUCCUCUGCUGAAAUUGAGAAUGACCAAGUUUACCUCUCCAGAGGUCCCUAUUGGACCCACACCCAGCGUAUGGAAAAGAAGCUUUAUGCUGUUCCUGCAGGAAACACUGUGAAGUUUCGUUGCCCUGCAAUGGGCAGUCCAAUACCAACAAUUCGCUGGCUCAAAAACGGACGUGAGUUCAGAGGAGAGCACCGCAUCGGGGGAAUUAAGCUAAGACAUCAGCACUGGAGCCUGGUGAUGGAGAGCGUUGUACCCUCAGACAGAGGGAACUACACGUGCGUGGUGGAGAACAAAUAUGGAUCCAUUACUCACAGCUAUGUUCUCGAUGUUCUGGAACGCUCCCCCCACAGGCCUAUCCUGCAAGCUGGUUUACCGGCCAACACCACAGCAGUGGUAGGCAGCGAUGUUCAGUUCCACUGCAAGGUUUACAGCGACGCUCAGCCUCAUAUUCAGUGGCUAAAGCACAUUGAAAGAAAUGGCAGUCGCUAUGGUCCUGAUGGGACUCCCUACGUUCAGGUCCUUAAGACUGGAAGUCUGAACAUGUCAGAGGUGGAGGUGCUUUACCUUUUCAAAGUUACCAUGGAGGAUGCAGGAGAAUACACUUGCUUAGCCGGUAAUUCCAUCGGCUUUGCCCACCAGUCUGCCUGGCUCACUGUGAUUUCAGAAGAAGAAGCUGAGUCAAUGGAAGCUAUGGAGACCAAGUACACUGACAUCAUCAUCUAUGCCUGUGGAUUCGUGGCUCUGAUCAUGGCCAUCAUCAUUGUGGUGCUGUGUCGGAUGCAGGUGCACCCAAGAAGAGAGCCUUUUGAUGCCCUUCCUGUACAGAAGCUCUCAAAGUUUCCUCUUCGCAGACAGUAUUCAGUGGAAUCAAACUCUUCUGGAAAGUCCAGUGCAUCUCUGAUGAGGGUGGCUCGCCUCUCGUCCGGCUGUUCCCCCAUGCUGGCUGGAGUGAUGGAGUUUGAGCUGCCCUACGAUCCAGACUGGGAGUUUCCCAGGGAAAACUUGACACUAGGAAAACCUCUAGGAGAGGGCUGCUUUGGUCAGGUGGUCAGGGCUGAAGCCUUUGGCAUCAACAAGGACUGCCCGGAUCAGGCCACCACUGUAGCGGUCAAGAUGCUCAAAGAUGAUGCCACAGACAAAGACCUUGCAGACCUUAUUUCAGAGAUGGAGCUGAUGAAAGUGAUGGACAAACACAAGAACAUCAUCAACCUACUGGGGGUCUGCACACAGGAUGGCCCCUUGUAUGUGGUGGUGGAGUAUGCCUCCAAAGGCAGUUUGAGGGAGUACCUGCGGGCCAGGCGACCUCCAGGCAUGGAUUACACCUUUGAUGUGACUAAAGUGCCUGAGGAGCAGCUCACCUUCAAAGACCUGCUUUCCUGUGCUUACCAGGUGGCCAGAGGGAUGGAGUACCUGGCCUCAAAAAGGUGCAUCCACAGAGACUUGGCAGCCAGGAACGUUCUGGUAACAGAGGACAAUGUGAUGAAGAUUGCUGACUUUGGCUUAGCCAGAGGCGUCCACCAGAUCGACUACUACAAGAAAACCACCAAUGGACGGCUGCCAGUGAAAUGGAUGGCACCGGAAGCUUUGUUUGACAGAGUUUACACUCAUCAGAGUGAUGUGUGGUCAUUUGGUGUUCUGAUGUGGGAGAUUUUCACAUUGGGGGGUUCGCCAUACCCAGGCAUUCCUGUUGAGGAGCUGUUCAAGCUGCUAAAGGAGGGACACCGCAUGGAUAAGCCCUCAAACUGUACACAUGAACUGUACAUGCUGAUGCGUGAAUGUUGGCAUGCUGUUCCCACCCAGAGACCAACGUUCAAACAGCUGGUGGAGGAGCUGGACAAAGCUUUGCUGUCCAUCUCUGACGAGUACUUGGACCUGUCCACCCCAUUUGAGCAGUACUCCCCAUCUUGUGAGGACACUUCCAGUUCCUGCUCCUCAGAUAACGACUCAGUUUUUACGCACGAUGCCUUGUCCACUGACCCCUGCCUGCUGGCCUACCAGGACGUUCGCUCUAGGAUAGACCCAAAAACAGCUCUCAGAUAGACUCCAGAACACCACACCAGAGUGGAAACUGCCUUGAGCUGCCGCCUGGUACCAAAACUGAAGGUCAACAGCUGCAUUUCUUGAGUUAAAGGUUUAAUUCUUGUUGGACUUUGUUAUUAAAGCCCUUAGAUAGAAGUAGGCAUUUAUAUUCAUACACAUGGAGCACUGAGGCUGGCAAGCUUCUUCACAGCCUGGAGGUCUAAAGAAAAACAUUUCUGCGUUCAGAAGAACAAGCAAAACUCUGGACUACCUGCUUGGAAACAGCUGCUAACGUUAAAAAGAAACAUGGCACUAAACUCAAAAGAAGAGACCCUGAAACUCAAAACUCACUAAAGUGCUUUUUCUAUCUCGCCUUUGGAGAGGCGACGGACAAAGAUCUGCAUCCACCCUCCACCCACCCAAAAACCAGGGCUUCAAAUCUUGGUUGUGAGGACAUUUUAAAGAAAAGAUCAUUAUUUUGCUAUGUUAAAAAGUUAAGAAAUUGAUUGUCAAUAUAAAUUACUCUAUAUAAUAUUUUACAUUUGUAUUACUUAUUUAAAAACAAAGGUCUUAAAUCUCAGGAUCUCACGUUAAGAAGUUGCUGCGGUGGCAGCAAAGUGCCUGAACUGAUGAUUUCCUGUGAAUAUAUUAAAAAGUUAAAUAUUUUAUGUACAUAUCUAUGACAGAAAAACAACUGCCUUGCAUAAAUUAUUCUGAAUGACGUGAAAAACGGAACAUACUGAGGUGAAAUGAUAGAAAAUGUUCCUCAAACACAAAGUGCCAAAUCAGCUGCAUAAACUUAUUUAAACUCAUUUAGAGGCUGAGAAAUAAUAAAAAGUUUAGAACAGUUACAGCUGGGUAUGUUUGAAGAAUUUGCUGGAAUGAAACCCUUCAUUUUGAUUUUAUUUCACCUCCAUCGCAAAGAUAAAGGAAACAACUAAAGAAGCGGUUUGGUCUUUUUGCAGAACCUUAUAAUCAGCUAAUGCAUCACCUGUAGAUAAAUGACACACCUUUGAUCUUUAUCAAUAAUCCAAAUCAGUUAAAGGUACGUGCUAAAACAAGAAAAGCACAUAUUAAAAAGCCUUUCACACAUAUAUGGAGAAAUGGAUAGAUCAAAAUGAUGAAGGUUUGAGGUGCUGCUCCAUUUUGGAUCAUCCUGAAUGAAUCGAAAGAUCAGUAAUAAUGUGCUUUACUGCCUUUAAUCCUGUGUAAUAACAUUAGAAGUAACAUGGCAUGUUGAAAAACCGUAGGGGAGCAGGAGAAGGGGAAAAUACAUCUGGAGAUCACGGGGGACACCCACCCUACUGGGAGAAUAAGGGACACAUUUAAAAAGAAAGGAGUCUCUACUUUGCUGCGGUCACCCCAGCAUAAAGAGGAAAAACUAAGUAAAUGCUUAACAGCAAAGUAGCAGCAGUGCAUGUAGCCUGCCAGCGAAGCAAAGUUUGCUCCAUAGCAAUCCUACAGAUUCAUGGCAGGGGGAAAAUAUGUUGGGGACUUUUUUGCUCCACUCAGGCGGGUUGAUAUUGGUAAUAACAUGGGAACAUCUAAAGGAUUUUGUUAGUCACUACCCCCCAAAAAAAAAAA